AUGAAGCUCCCCCAGUUCAUUCAGGCCUUUGCCGACCCACUCCGAAACGAGGAUGCGGUUCCUCUGGUCCGUCUCCUCGACUGCCGCAACCGUACCGCGCGCGGACUGCACAAUACCGUCGGCGCCAUCGAUGCCAAGCGUCUUGCCAACCCAGGCCACUCUCUCCCAGAACACUGGGACGGGAUUGCCGUACGUCACUGCGCAGCCGUAAACGCGCUGUACAACAACGACUAUGCCGGAGCAUACACACACCAGUCGGCGCUCGUGUCCCUCUUCUUCCGGUGGUUCCAAGAACAGCCGGCAUGGCCCCUCCCGAUCCUCUACUUGCUCCUCCGGGACUUGCGCGAGCUCGCCGAGCAGGCCGAUGGCGCGACGUAUGCUGCCACGGGACGCAUGCCCGCGCUGGAGGAGUGCACGCGUACCGUGUCCAAGGCGUUCUCUAUCUGCGCGACCGACCGCACGUACAAGGGCCAGCAGAGCAGGAGGAACGGCGUCUACCACGUCGCGUGCUUGAGCUUGAAGUGUUACUUCAAGCUAGCUGCGGUUCACCGUAUCCUAAUGUCCACCACGCCUGCGACCGAUUCAGCUUCCCCGGCUUCCCCGCUGACACCCAUCUCAUCCCAGGUCGGCAAGCCCAACCUGUGCAAGAACAUUGUGCGUGCAGUCACCUCGGACCCAAAGACGCCUCCCGUGGACGACGCGCCGCUCCCGGACCAGGUUACUUGGCACUUUUACAUUGGCAUGCUCGCCUUCCUUGCCGGCGACGACAAGAAGGCCGACGACGAGCUCACGUGGGCGUUCUUGCACUGUCCCGUGGACGCCAAGCGGAAUCAGGAGCUUAUCCUCACCUACCUCAUCCCCUUACACCUUGUGCGCGGCUCGUUCCCGGCCCAGCACCUGCUGGACGCCAACCCGCGCCUCAAGGAGGUAUACGGGCCGUUUGUCGAUGCGAUCCGCGAGGGCAAUGUCGAAGAGUACGACCAGCGGCUCGAGUGGGCCCAGCCGCGUCUCGUGGGCAUGAGCACCUACCUCGCCAUCGAGCGCGCGCGCGAGGGCUGCCUGCGCGUCCUGUUCAAGCGCGCAUGGAUGGCCAGCGAUAAGAGCACGCGCAUGCCCAUCUCGACGUUCCAGACCGCCCUCAAGCUCCAGCACGUCACGGCAGACUCGGACGAGGUGGAGUGCAUGGUGGCCAACAUGGUCUAUCGGGGUUACAUCAAGGGAUAUAUUUCGCACGAGAAGCAAAUGGUCGUGCUCGCAAAGACCAACCCCUUCCCCUCGUUGGCGGCCAUUCCAAGGUAA